CUUGCUUUACUUCUGCCUAUUCUUGCUUUUUCCUGUCUGUCUGUCACCUGUCGCCAUGUUCGGAGAAACCCCCUCGCGCGUGCUGAUCGGCAUGCUGGGCUGCAUGGCCCUCCUGUCCAGCCCUGUCUCUGCCGCCCACCGGCAGUUUGCCCGGGGCCACCACCAUGGCGGCCACCACGCCGCCUCCAGCACGGUCGAGCCCUACAGCGAGCCCACCGACGGGGCCAGCGAUGACUGCAAUGGCUCCGAGCCCUCUGGAGUGGCUGCGGUCAGCUAUUCCUCCUCGUCGUCAUCGUCGUCGUCCUCCUCCUCCUAUUCCGCCACCUCGUCGGCCAUUUCACCCGCCUAUUCCUCGGCCUCCCCCGUGUCAAAGACUCCCACCUCCGCCCGCGUCAUCAUCCCCUUCUACGUCUACCCCAGCCCCGGAGCCUGGACCCCCAUGGAGGAGCUUGUGACCGAGUUCCCGGACGUCGAAUUCACCAUCAUCAUCAACCCCGACAGCGGACCCGGCUCCAGCUCACUCCCAGACGCCAGCUUCCUGACGGCCGUCCCGGCCCUAACCAGCCACAGCAACGUGCUGGCCAUCGGCUACGUGCCCACGGAGAAGGGCACGCGGGCCAUCGCCGACGUCGAAAAGGACGUCAACACCUACGCCGGCUGGCCCUCUGCGUCCGGCAACUCCUCCUUCGCCGUGCACGGCAUCUUCUUCGACGAGGCCCCCAACGCCUACAGCGCCGAGCUGGUCUCCUACUACCAGACCCUGACCACCCUGGUCAAGGACAGUUCGGGUCUAGGGCCGGACAACUACGUCGUGACUAACCCCGGCACCGUCCCCGACGCCGCCUACCUCGACAUCCCGGACUCGACCGUCGUCUUCGAAUCGCCCUACGACUCCUUCCUCAGCGACAUCGCCGCCGGCACCUUCGACUCCAUCGUCAACGGCACGAACCACUCCGCCCUCGCCUCCAUGGUCUACUCCGUCCCGGACUCUGUUGAUCUCCCCACUCUUCUGACCCAGGUCGGGAAUAUCUCCGACCAGAUUUUCUUGGGCAAUACGAGCACCUACACCAUUUAUGACUCGUACAUGAACACGGUGAUUCCGGUGCUGAAGAGCACCACUUCUUCUUCUUCUUAGGGCUGGGUGUGAAGGGUUAG